AUGGCGUGGAAUUCUGAACAAGGCACGCGGGGCUUCCGCGAAGUGACGCUGAGCCCACCUUGCAUGCAGGCUGCUACGAAUCGCUUCGGCAAAGGAGCUCGAAUGCUCAUCCGCGAACGAGAACGAGAUUAUCUGACUAGCAGUCCUGUCACCGUAUCUAGUCUUGUUGAUGGCGUCCCAGCUGGGCAGAUUACGACCGAGAAUCCCUGUUAUGAUGGUGGAGGUCGGCCGCCGCUGGAGAAGAUCGUUCCUCGCAUGCAGUAUUAUCGGAAUAACCUGACGGCGCUGUCUCAGAAGUACAACCUUUACUUCGUCGCGUACGAGAACCGAAUCUUCGUCUACCGCCCUCGAAAUGUGCCGAGACAACCCCUACCUCAGGACCCCGAUCUAAUCCUGGCGACCAAGCCGGAUGAGGUCGCCAAGCAGAUAGGAGGGACUCUAGAUUACCUCUUCGGUCACCAGGCCAAUUCCAUCGCCACGGGCUUCCUCGGACAACAAGAAGUCGUCGUCACCGCGUACGAUGACGGGUCGGUGUUUGCCUACUACGUCAGGGAGAUCGCCGAAUACAUCUGGUACGCAAUCUCGGACAGGGUCGAGGGGCGGCCCAAGAUCCCGGCGCCAUUCUUCCGCGAAAACGUCGGCUCCUCCGCAUGGGGUCUCGCCAUCCAUCAACUCUCUCGCCUCAUUGCCGUCAGUUCUAACCGCUACGAGGUGACCGUGUUCGCGUUUGGGCUCACCCGGCAGCCCCGCGGUCGGAAGGCCGUGGGCCGGGAUGAUGCGGCCAAGUCAGUUGCCGAGCGGAAAUGCAACUGGAGGAUUAUUUUACUCCUUGGGGACGGCGGUCACAACAUUCCCAACAUCACCUUCUGGGACGACCGCGACGGCCAAGCCGAGAAGGUAUGUGCGAUGGAUAUCAAUGGCCAGGCUUGGGUCUUGGAUAUCUGGAAUCCUUGUACAGCGCCUGUGAAGAUCUCGCACAUGUCUCAACCUCGUAGCUUGUCUUACACGUACCUUCCUGGUGGAUGGGGCGUGCUCGUUCUCCCAUAUACCAGCUUUGUAUCGGCUAGUUCCCCCAAGGAUGCGUUCGGGGUGGGCCACCCCUCAAUGGUUACAGUUGAACACAGAAGCACCAACAACGACUUCGCACUGGAUAUUUCAAAAAGCUUAUUGUCCGUUCCAGAUUCUGCAGUCGUGCCUCCAGAGGUCAGCGGCCCCGUCACACCACAUCCCGUUCAACUCAACCUUAGCGCCCUUGCGGCUAAUCCGAUCAACAUCAUACUAACUAGUGUUCUCGGCGAUCAGGCCCCAUUUCAACAGGAGAAUGCGUCCGAGGGCGAGGACGAGGAGGGGGCCAAUGAGCCGGAGGAAGGGGAGGACGACGAUGAGGAAGAGGAGGAUGAGGAUGAGGAUGAGGAAUACGAGGAAGACGAGGACGAUGACGAAGACGAGGACGAAGACGAAGACGAGGACGAAGACGAAGAGGAGGAAGACAAUGGCCCCCCCGUGGAGGACUUGAUUGCGGAGAUCGAUACCGGAUCCGCUCCCGAAAGCGAAGAUCACGGCAGUGGUGAGGAUCAGGUGGUCAGCCCGGGGCUGCCCAUGGUGUCAACACUGAGUCUCGUGUCGCCGGGACUGGAGGGACCCUUGGUCGACGAUUCUGACGGAGCCGAGUCGGACCCUGAAUAUAACGAAUUCGCUCUGCUCGCCCAAGUGCUCGCGGGACCACCUUCUCCCUUUACCCCUCCGCAUACGAUGCAUCACCACGGACUGUGGAGAGUCAGGCCGCGAGGCGCGGUAGACGGCCUGGUACAGAUGACGACGCCCAAGUCGUAUCCUUGGCUUGACAUGCUCUACAUGCCACAUACGGGAUCCACAUAUGUCUUCCCUUCAUCUCUCUCCCAACGGAUGUCGUUCCUCCGUCGGGCGUACGAGUGUAAUCGGAAUACGACAAGGCAGAACGAGGAUACGCUCCGGGACCUGACGAACCGCGGCUGUUUAUUCCGCACGUACAUGAAUGACGUGGAGCUCCGGAACAUCAGCUCAGCGGGCGCUGCGAUAGUCUGUCGCGGAAUCACGGGUAACGUGCCGCGGGGCCCGUCAUUUCGGCAUACGGAACGCUUAAGCAUGCUUCACCACGUGCCCGAGCUGUCCCUCGUGGUGAUAGGUUCCGCGACGGGUCGCGUUGCGCUGCUGACGCCGACGCGGGCGUGCGGCGGAGACCACCACAACUUGGCCGAGGGCGUCGAAGGGUUGCCGCCAGCGACAUCGAGCCGGAAGGCAAACGUGUCGUACGGGUUUCGCGUCGAGUGGCUUCUGCCGAAGGCAUCGGACGAGGAGGGUAAGCUCAAAUGGCUUCGGCCGUUGUACGGCAUGGCUAUCGGGCCGGUGCAGGACGUUGGGGACGGGGGCGGCAACUUGCUAUUGCAACAACCAGGCCGGGGCCCGCCACGGGGGUUGGGAGCAGGGGGGAGGGCGUUCAGGUUGAUACUUCACUACAGGGACCACACGAUCAUCAGCUAUGAAUUACGACGGGACGGUGACGGUGGGCUGGAGAUUCUCUGA